AUGCCGGUGGAAACGCGAGCCUCCGCUGCGGCUGCAGCAGCCAAGGCUCCUGAUGCCAAGCCGCCGCCCAGCGGAGUCGGGAGCCUGGCGGUCCUGUUCGUCAUGUGGUACGGCUUCAACGCGUACUACAACAUCAGCAACAAGAUGGUCACGGUCAUCGGUCUCGUCUACCUCAUCCCGAUGUGGGCCUCCGGCAUGCAGAAGGUGCCCAAGCUCACUAAGGAUGACGUCAUCAAGCUGCUUCCGAUCUCGAUUCUCCAUGCCGGAGGCCACCUGGCUGCCGUGCUGUCGAUGAGCGCUGGCGCUGUUUCGUUCACUCACAUCAUCAAGGCGUCGGAGCCGGUGGCGAGCACGGUCAUUGGCCCCUUCUUCGGCGUUGAGGUCCAGCCCAUGACGGUGAACAUGUUCCUGCUUCCCAUCGUCGGAGGAGUGGCCUACGCCGCUAUGAAGCCGGGGCAGGGUCUGGACAUGUCGCAGCUGACCAACUUGGCCUCUGGUUACGCCAUGGCCUCCAACAUAUUUUUCGCCAUCCGCGGCAUCCUCUCCAAGCAGGUGAUGACGCCCGAGUACAAGGAGACCAAGAACAUGUCGGCCUCCAACACCUACGGCGUUCUGACCAUCAUGUCCUCGGUCAUCCUCGUCCUGCCAAUGCUCUUCUUCGAGGGUCUCGCGUCUAAGGAUGCUUUCGACGACGUGAAGGACAAAGCCACCCUUCUCAAGACUCUUCUCGGAUGCGGGAUUUCGUACUACCUGUACAACGAGAUGGGCUUCCGGGUGCUGAACCGGCUCGACCCCGUAUCCUCUGCCGUCGGCAACACGGUCAAGCGCGUCGUGAUCAUGGGCGCAGCGGUGCUGUUCUUGGGAGAGGAAAUGAACGCCAACAAGCUCAUCGGCGCCUGCAUCGCGGUUGCGGGCACUCUGGCCUACAGCCUGGCCAAGAAUUACGCCGCCGCAGCCAAGAAGACCAAGGCGGCCUAAAAAAGCACCGAUCGUGACAAGAAAAUAACAGGCCAAAACAUGAAAAAUACCAGACUUCUCGUGCGUGUACGUACUUAUUUCUCGGAACCAACGAUUUUUGCUUCGCCUUCAGGGUGUGAUGGUUUCGAGAUCCGGCGGGUAUACGCGUCAUCUUUGUGAAAGGCGUUUUUGAGUGUUUGACGGCGGGAGAAUCACUGAAGCAUGGUUCGCUUGUCCACGGGAGGGAGAGCAAAAGUGACUGAUAAAGUCCUCCCCCACGACGCUUUAGGGCACCCACACCACCAGUUGGCAUGUAUGUAGCCAUGUCUGCUUCGCGCACGACGAGGGUCAGAGGGUUGUCACCUUUGUAUGAGUAGUACUCUAUUAUACUACCCUAGCACACAACGAGGUUGCACGUACCGUGUGUGAAAAGCACAGAGAGAGUGGUCUGUUUGCGAAGCAUGAAGACCAAUCAGUAAAUCUAUGUUGGCCUUCUUCUCGAGAAGGAGAAGAGCCCUACAACAGUUAGAGGAGACGAUGUAGAGAAAGGUGGGCUUAAACCUUCUGCAUGUGCAUUAUUUCUUACGCGUACGUAUUUUUCCCGGUUCCAGGGGGUGUUUGUUUUGGCCUGCGGGACUGCUUUUUUUGCGGCGACCUCCUCAGAUUUUGACCGAGAGGAAUUGUGAUGCCACCGCCAUGGCGCCUUCGUGUGAAGCUAUAGAAUCAUCCCGCUCCCCGAACACGUUUACCACUCCAUGGUCCGCGUUUGACUUUUUUUAUGCAUGCAUACUGUUACUGCGGUAUCCAGUGCGUUUGUACGUAGACAUUUUAGAGAACAAGAAGAGAGCAGUUUUCGUCGCCGUUCGGCGUGCGGCCUUGGCUGGUUGUACAACUCAUAUCGGAGCCGGAAAUGUCUGCACAUCAGACGCGCGGUGGUGGUGGUGGUGGGGAGGGGAGGUUGAGCUUGAACCGACAGACAGGUCUUAGGCUUGGGCGAGGAUGGUGGUGGCUGACGCCAGAAAGUAUGCCAAACAAGAGGACUUUACACUUUACAUCAUUCGCGUACAUACUCUGCAUGACGUAAGGCCGCUCGAUGUAUUACUAUUUUUUGCGGCGAAACGGAUGUUGCGUGUUGAGAGAAGGUCGGCGGGCUGCGGGGGUGCUUGGCGGUGCUGUUGGCCUCGACUUGAUUGGACGCGGAGAAAUCUAAGAACUUUUUUUUUGUGGUGUUUCUUUGUCUCUCGUGUCGACAGCGCAUAUAUAUGCGUGUAGAAAUAAUGCACUUAAAAUAGACAACUUUGAGGAACUUGCCAAGGGUUCAACUUCGAGGGGAGGUGGGACAUAGAUAGGUACUUGCAAAAAUUCGCAUACCUUGUUACGGCUCUGACGUUCCAUUCCAACGGUAUCUGUGCUUGCUGCGUUUCAGGCUUGCGCGUAAAAUCUCAGCCCUGUCCUUCUCUCUUCUGUUCUAGAAACGCGACAAUUGUUUUCCGGGACACAUUCACUUCAUUUCUUUCCGGGAUACAAUACUGUCCAGAAAAAAACAAGACUAGAGGACGCACAGGUUGAUCGCGAUACCCUCUAUUGUCCACAACGAUGACUAGAUACGCAGGCGAAGAAGUUCACUCUGCCCGCUUGAUCGAUGAAUAGCGAAGAAGGUGUGAGUUCCCUCGUUUGCGUUACACACAUACCAGCUUCAGAGCCUAUCGAUCCGCUUCAUGCAAAAAAACGUCCGAGCGAAUGGCUAAUAAACCUAAUAAACGUGACAGCGACACACAACAACCGUUCGCCAAUUUCGCUAAAAGGUGUGCAAAGGAUAAGGUACAAGUUCCCUGCCUCUCUGCGGUACACACAUACCAGCUAGAUUGAGAACCUAUCGAUCCGCUUCACGCAAUAAACGCCCAAGCGAAUGGCUAAAAAUGUGAUGGCAACACAAAACCGUUCACCUAAAUCGCUAUAAAGGUGUCACUAGAAUAAGGCGCUCCUAGGACAAAAACAUGACAGGUACUUGGACAUACCAUUCCCGUCGACAGGCCCCCCAAAAAACACUCUGAACUUACGCAGGAGGGCAAGACACACUUCUUGCUGUGUAACCACGUGUAAAGUUCCUUCUCUCUGCUGGGUGGAGCUAUUUCUACCAGCCCGUGACACACCAACAAGUUGUGUAGACUAAAAUGAGUAGAAACGCCGGGCGCUAUGGGGGGCUCCCGCGACGGAAUCAGAAGACGCAAAACGGCAACACACAGCACGAAACAAACGCAUACAUGAAGCAAUAAUGUUACCACACCUCUUUUCCCUCCUACGAUUGCAACUUAGGCCCAAGCAUGAGGAAAGCACGCGCACUGCACCCUCUCUCUGGGUGCCGUACUGCCGACACGGCUGUUCCCCAAUACUCGACGACUAGACUCCGACACGACCUUCCACUAACAACUAACGCCCUGUCCGAAACGCCGCUAUUGUACACGCAAAACGAACCUCCGCCAAACAAGCCUUACCAACGACUGCCCGCGUAUCUCUGUGCAGCAUUGGUUUUCCUGUCCGCCGUUGUCAAACCGAAACGGAUUUUCUUCAAAAGUGCCACACUACCGGAUACUGUCUCUAGAUGCAAGACCACCGCAAUUUCGUGCCCGAAAAUUACCGCACUCACGGGAGCAAAAUCAUACGUCCAUCAACCAAGGUAACCCCCCCCGGAGGACAAAGCCCCAAUCACUAACGAUCCCGAAUAACCGCAAAGCGCCACGCAUCGUCCUCUCACCCCUCUCUCUGUCUCUCGCAUCGUAUCUCCUGUUGUGCAAUUCUCAAUGGUCUAACCGCUAAGGCAUGCAAAACGU